GUGACUAAAAGCUCCACCUCUGUCAAAUACAGUGCCUCACCUUCCACUUAGUGUCAUGCUUAAUCCUGCACACACAGGUAGAACAGGUGUGCAGCCCCAGACCUCCUGAGUGCCUAACUGAGCCCACUACAUGAUCACGGUGUUUUUUACCGCCCUCCCAGGGCUGCUCCUUCUCCCUCUCCUCAUCAGCUUUAUAUUCCCUUUCAUCUUCCAGGACUUGGCCAACUUCUAUACUAUCCUACGUUUUGGCAUAAGGAACAAAAAAUAUGAACGCAAAAAACCUGCCUAUACAAUUUUGGAUAUGUUCUUGGAUAAGGUGGACAGGUUUCCAGACAAGCCCUUUAUUUUAUACAAAGAUGAAGUCUAUUCUUACUCCAAGGUGGACAAGCUCAGCAACCAGGCAGCCAGAGCCCUGCGGAAGCAUGGUGCUGUGAAAUCAGGGGACUGUGUGGCUAUCUUCAUGAACAACUCACCUGCUUAUGUCUGGAUCUACCUUGGUUUGUCUAAACUGGCGUGUUCUUUGGCUUUAAUCAACACUAACAUUAGAGGUCAAUCCUUUCUACAUUGUUUCCGAUGCAGUGGGGCUAAGAUCAUCAUUGCUGAUCCAGGUGAGCAUUUCAAUUACCUCCACGUGCUUAGAUCGCCCUGAAGAUGCCUUAUUAUAGUAUCACUUGUAAAUGAGAGAGUGUAUACAAUGGAUGCAUGCUUAAAAAUAUUUCCGGUUUACUUACAAAAGUGAAUUGUCAGAAAUGCAAUGCAAAUUCAAACAGUAUUUUUCGCUAGAGUAAAGAUUGUCAGGAAUUCAAAGUGAAUUUCAAAUUCAAAACAAAAUAGCCGAAUUGUAAAAAUUCUCCAAGCCAGACUAUGCUUCUAGUUACUACUUUACCUUAAACAUACACUUUACAGGAUUAUUCACUAAAGUGAGAAUUCAAAGUGAAUUCAAAAUGUUACAUACAUACAAAUUGGUGGAGUAUCUUGGUAUACAAUGACAUACAUACAUACAAAUUGGUGGAGUAUCUUGGUAUUCAUUGAAGCCACUCGCUACAACUCAGUACUUGUAUUAUUUUGAAUUCAAAAUGUUAGGCUGAAAUAAAUGAAUUGAAAACAUAACAGCUAGGCUAUUGUGGCUUAGAAUUUGAAAUUCACUUUCAAUUUCUAACAAAUCACACAGUUAUGAAUCACCCUUGUGUCUGUGAAAUCAUGGUACUAAGUGUGUUUAACCUCCAGCAACAAAAACAAGGCAUCUUCUGAUUGGUUGCUGAAAUGCACAGUAUUCCUGAAUUAUUGACACUUUCAGGACUGCGGACAUGUCAGAAUUGUUGCCAUCACAAGUCAUGUCCCCAAGCCAUAUAAUUGAAGAGGUUAAAUAUGCAGCAGAAAAAAAAGCUCAGUUCAGUUAGUCCAUAAAUGAAACAGAUUUGCGACAAUAUAUAAGUAUGCUAAUGUAAAACAACAACAAAAAAGAGUGUUUGUGUGUGUGUGUGUGUGUGUGUGUGAGAAUAUGUGUGUAUACGUAUAUAUAUAUAUAUAAAAUGUAUGUGACUGAAUGUGCUAUUUCUCUAUCAUGCCCAUUGGGAGAAGUAGGUGGAGGAACAAACACUGUACAGAAGUAGUGGAUAAUUGCAGUAAUUGUAAGUGCUUUAGAAUCUGUAUUAAGGUAAUUAAAACAAAUGCCCCCCUUUAGUACAAUAUGCAUCUAUCUAUAUAUUUAUCUAUCUAUAUAUAAUAUUCUUAAGGGAUACAGUGUCUGGGGACACGUUCAGGGAUUGGCUCAUUUGAUGUUACAGUUAACCCAUUUGAAACCUGUUCUGUGAGUGGAGAACUCGGAGAGCAGGUUUCUCGCAGAAUUCUGCCUUUAUAUAAACCGGGGUGACAGCUGCAGCUUGUGUUUUCACUUUUAUUCAUUCAUUCACCUUUCCCAGCAGUACAUUAACAAACAAAAGUUAUUUCUGUAUAUUUCAACAUACAAUUUUCAUUAGAACAUUUUUUUUUUUUUUUAUAUUUAAUCAGAGGGUCUUAUUCCUUGUAAUCUGAUAAUUAGAGAAAAUGCAAAAUGAUCUUUGAUACGCUGCUCCCUGUAUCCUUACUGCGGCCUUUGGCAGGAGUGCUUUUAACCUGGGGUUGCCAGAUGUUCCACUGUGUUUUAUUGGACACAGGUCAAUUCUUUAUUCUGUUGGGUGAAAUGUCAAAAGUACUGCACCUUACCUUUCAUAGGCCGCAGAAUGUAAAGUAAUUGACUAAUCGAUAUGUUUUCGUUGUAACUGUAGAAUUGAUAGCUUGAUAGUGUUGCUUCCUGAAGCAUAUGAAUUAUGCAUACACAGGGAAGCAUUUUUCAUGUGUGGUCCAAACCCCAAUUGUAUUUGUAAGUGUUGUGUGUUCGGGAAGAUGUUGUGGAUCUGGCUAUCUUAUAUGGACAUUCUAGAUUGAAUUUUACAGUAAUCUAGAAUGUAUUGAUCAGUCUUCAAUCUAUUGGGCACAGCAGAUGUAUCUGAGAGCUGUAAUUCAAUUGUCAGCUUUCACAUUUAGAAAACUAACAACUUACAACUCACAGAAACCUUGCUCAUUAUGUUAUUAGAAGCAGUAUAUUUGAAGCAAAAGGGGAAAUAUAAUUAACCUAUCCUACUCGUUACAUUUAAAGGACCACUCCAGACCCCUUUAUUUGUAAAGAGUGCGUCCUCUUUUGAUCAUUUAAAAAAAAUUAAAAAUGCAUAUUUAAAUUAGAACUUUUACACUUUGUGUUAUCACCCUGGCUGUCAAUUAGACAACUGGUCCUGAUGCUUCCUGGUUUGGUUAGCUCAGUGAAGCUAAACUCAAGAGGCAGACAAUUGCCUUACAAAUACUUCUCAUUGAGCUGCAUUGGAAAGUCUAUGAUUGGACUGCUAAAGUUUGGAAAGUCUGGGCUGGGGUGAAUGGACGCAUUAGUACUCCGUCUGAGUACCUCCUUUAAAGGUUUCCUCUUGCUGGAGAACACAGCGCAGAAUUAAUAUUAAUUAAUUAAUAAUAAAUCAGACGACAUUUGGUGAAGGGUAAAACACAAUUUAUUGGGACACAGGCACACACUUAUAGGGACAAUCACAAAAGGAGGUUGUUAACUAGAACAAUGAAUAUCCCAAUUCAGCCUUUCAUAAAUAUGCAGAUUUUGUACUUUAUAUGAUUCACAUUUGAGAAUUGCUUAUCUUAAUGCAGACACUGGAAGCAACCAAAUUAUGUGUUGAUUCACCUGAUCAAAUUCCAACCAACUUGUACAUUCAGUCAAAAUGCUAAUUCAAUUUGUAAUUCUUUUGUUUUGCUUAUCUGGUCAAUAUCCAGGGUUACUUAAUAAAUUCUAAUGCUAAACCACAAGCUAUGACGAGUUGACAAACAUUUAGAAAACUUUAGGCUAAAAAAAGUUGACUUUCAAAAACUUGGAAAACUUGCAAUUUGGGUACUAGCUAUUUUUAAAUUUUUAACACAUAGGAGUUAUGACUAACAACAAAUACCAACGACAAAUUUAUAUGAAACUCUAAUAUGCAAACAAGAGUAGAAUUCCACUUGGAACAAGCUAAACUUAUGGGGAUCUUUAUGUCCCCAUCAUAUUAUUGAAGCACAGUUAGUUUGCUCAUGCACAUUGACCACAGCUUGUCCUUCACCUCUUAAUCCGUUGAGCUCUAGAACACUUUAGGAUUUGCGUACUCUCAUCUACAACUUAGGACUCAGAAAUGUCUUGGUGGUGGACGCAGCACUUUUAUAUGUGGUAACCUAUAUUUCCAACAAUGCAAAAACGCCCAAAACUAAGUGAAUAAAUUACUGAUACCUUGCUCCUCUCCAAGGAGCUAUAAUCUUUUACACCAAGGGGUACUUUCAUAAGAAAGUAGGGCAAAGUCAUAAGUAUAUGCAUGCUACUAGACUCCCAUCACCUACCUACUAAUAGGUUUCCAUGGAAGCACGGUAUGGAAACACAACUGAUGCAGUGCCUGUCACAUUUUCACCAAUUAAAAUAUAUUAUUCGUGCCAUGAGUUACAAAUACCCCAAUUUUAAUAGACCAUAGUUAGCAUUAAUUAUUCAUUAUUGUGCGAGCAGGGUUAAUAUCGCAGGUGUGAAGUUUAUUAAUACAGCUUCAUGUAAUCCUCUGAAAUCUUUCAAAUAUAUCAUUUAAUAACCUGUUUCAUAGAACAUGCUAGAUUUUAGGAUGUACCCCUUGGCUGAAACUCUAGGGCGCUACGUAUUAGUGGGAUCUGCAAUGUAUAAUUUUAUAAAAUGAUACACAUUCCCCUGCCCUGUGUUUUAUUGGACCCUGACAGUAUCUCAGGUUACUUGAAAUGGUCUUGGAACUAGUUUACAGGAGGUUUCUGGAUAUCAGGUAUAUCUGAACAAUUAAUACUAAUUAUGUACAUGCUAUAUAUGCACUUUGCAAAUCCCUUCCUGGUUGGCAAGAGCAACAGACCAGCACUUAAACCUUUCUUUAUAACAGGCAUUCUAGGGCUUAAGGUCAUAUUUACAAAACAUAACCUUGCAGCCUAUGUAAACCUCCUCAAAUUCCUUCUAUUCAUCACAACAAACCGAUCAACAUAUCACCUUUAAUCCUCUGACUGCUUGUGGGACAUGCAAAGUAUUUAACUAACUAAAUACCAAAGGCCUGUACACGGUAGCCACUUUAACUAAUUAGGUUCCCAUAUCACUGUUAAACCACUUAGUCACAGUUUAAUAUAGAUGCUCUCUGUCCCUGGCAGUCUGCAGUCUGAUCAUAGUUACAAUGUGGCAGAGGUGGAAUUAUGAUCCAUCUCAUGCCAUAUCAGUUCAAGCCAGGGAUUGGGGUAGUGAUUAGUUGAGAGCCAUAUUAUGAUUUGCCAGGGCCCCACACAGGAUUCCAUGUUGGUGCCCUCCGCUCUAUUCUGCGAAUGGGGGUGGCUGAGUGUCUCGUGUAGUGGAGAGUGCGUGUUGUGUUUGUGGGUGAUUGAGUGUGCAGUGUUGUGUGUGUGGAGGAGAGAGCUGUAUGUGGGGGACCUAAUUGUUUUCUGUGUGUUUAUGUGUGUUGGCUGAAUUUUGUAUGUGGAUAGGAGUUUGAGUGUGGCUUAGUGUUGUGCGCGUUUGUGAGUAUGAUGUCUGAGUGUACUGUGGGAAUGGUGGUUAAGUGUCCCCCCCAAACUCCAUGUUCCCACACAUCUUUACCUAUUUUAUCCAUUUGCCCCCCACUUUUUCUUACAUUUUGUCAUGGGGGGUAUCUCUGAUGGGCUAGUGGAGUGCACUCUCUGGGGUGUUAUACCUGCUGGUCUGGUGGAGGGGGGUGUUGAGGUGUGCGGCUGUGGAGCUCUGAAUGACUAAGAAGUGUUGGGGGACUGAGAGGAAGUACUUAAAGUGAUCUGGUCCCAAUAUAAGUAGAGUUACGAUAUCCACCAUUUUUUUAGACACAUAUCACAUAUAUAUAUUGAUGGGCAGCGCAUGAAAAGGAUUGCUCUGCAGUAUGUAGAAUUCAGAAGAAGGUGUGUGAGAUUAAGUAAUUAGGCAAUUAAGAAUCCUGCAGAAUAUGCUUUAUAAAUACAUGGUAACCCUAAAUAUAGGAUAUAUAUGCAGCCCACAAUGCUCGCUCACACAUUUUGUUUUAGGUACACAGCUGUUGGGGAAAACACUAUAUAUAUAUAACUUUAGUGCAUUGCAUUAUUAAUUAGAGAAAGCUGAUACACUUGUCAUUUACAUUUAUAUUCUGGUGUUGGCUUGGUUUCUGACCCUGCGUUUAUCUUUAACCCUUUUCUGUCUUAUUUGCCUGUCUGACUGAUUACUGUGUACCCGACUCUUGCUAUUUCUUGUUAUCGCUAUCUCUCUGUUACCCUGACCUCGUCUGUUAGUCUGUUGUUGGGGUUUUGUUUUUAUAACAAAAAAGAGAACGAGCCAGAGUGUGAAUGGGCAAGAGGGGCACAGGUGAGAUAAACAAAAACCGGAGUAAAGAGUAAGAAGUGGGAGACGCAUUGAGCCUGCAUUGAGCACAUUGCCCUGUGCUCUUUGGAAUACGGAUAUUGUGCAAAUUCUUAAAGUGCCUCGCUUACGCCUAAACCAACACAACCUACAUUAUUAACAGGCUCUGUGCAAGGUCGAAGGUCAACUAAAUUGUAGUGUUUCCAACUCCUCUUGCACUGAAAGGCUGAAUAAGUGAAUAAUUUAGUAAAGACAAUAAUUAUGUUCAAGCAGGAUUUGUGCUGGUGAUUGCACAAUUCACAGUUCAGCUCACUAUCAUGUUGCUAGCUAGGGUCUGCUCCUUUAGGUUUGCUAUGCAAUCUGUUGUUGCUUAACACAAUAACUGUGACAAAGUUCAAACGUUAGCAGAUAAGUCAGUUUUAAAUGGUGGAGUAUAGCCUUCUCAGAUUUACAGCCAGCAUAAAUGACUUCAGGUAUUAGUAGUUUAUUGGUGAGGCAACACAUGAUCUGGGAGACAUAUAAAUUGCCUUUUGUAGGGGCAUGGGAUCAUCACAGUGUAGGGACAUCAUUUGGAAUAAUUUGGGCUAAUGCAGGGAACUGGACUAGCCCCCAAACAAAUUUGUAAGGAUCACGGGUGCCCUGUUAAUCGCAAUAUAAAAUUGCAGAAAAGUAAAAUGUGGAGCUGAGUUGCAACUUAUCUCCAAGGUUAAAGGGAUACUUUAGUGUCAGAAAUACAAAUAUAUAAUCCUGGCACCCUUUAUUCACCGAUGUUGGUGGGGGGUAUACAGAAGGAGACUCUGCAUCCCCCUUCCCUUGCCUCCACCUCCUCCCCUCAUCCCUCCCCACCCACAUCGGUGAAUAAAGGGUUAAAAACCUUUUUGUUUAUUUACCUGAUCCCAGCGCCGAUCUCCCUCCCUCUGCUUCCUCCGGUGUGUUUACCCUGAGGCAAACAAGGCAUUUGCCUUGGGCGGCACUUCCUGGGGGGCGGCAAAAAAUGCCUUGCCAGCCUCUUGUCCUGGGGAAAACUAAUCCUCGUUCAGCUCCCUCGCACGCACCACAGUUAUGCCGGAUCGGAAUAUGAUGUCACUCCCGCCCCGGCAUCACCAUGCGGCGCGCGAGGGAGCUGAAGAGGAGGAUCAGUGCUCCCUCGCCAACUGCAGUGACCGGCCGGCCGCCCAGCAGCCCCACUGGACCACAGGGAAAGUGAUCAUUCACCCCAGCAUUCCUAAAGGUAGGGAGGCUGGGGGGAUUGAAUUUUAAAAAAGUGUGUGUGUCUGUUAGUGAGUGUGUGUGAGUUUGUGUGUGUGUGUCUGUUAGUGAGUGUGUGGGUGUCUGUUAGUAAGUGUGUGUGUGUGUGUCUGUUAGUGAGUGUGUGUGGGUGUCUGUUAGUGUGUGUGUCUGUUAGUGAGUGUGUGUCUGUUAGGCAGUGUGGGUAUAGUGUGUGUGGGCUACUAUGUGUGGGUGGGAAAUAUGUGGGGGGGCAGUGUGUGAAUGUGAAAGUUUUUGUGUGUGUGGGGGUAGGGGGAAAGAUAAAAUUUUAAAUUAAAAUAAUUCAUCUUUAUAUCCCCCUUUCUUCUUACCUUUUCUGAGGGAGGUUCUUGCGCAAUCCCUGGUGAUCCUCAUGGAGAAUCCCUGGCGGUUCUAGUGGGGAGUGCAGCUCAGGCUAGAGUUUACUCUCGCGAGAUUUGGAGUGUUGCAGUGGUAACUGUGGCAACGCUCCGUGCUCGGGAGAGGAGGACACAGAGGAGCUGCAUGCUGAGCUCCCGGGUCCUCUCACCCUCCCCUGCCGGCUGUCAGCAAUGUGCCUGUGGGCCAGAGGGGAGAUCUCUGAUCUUCCCUCUGGUCCGUGAAGGCUCAUAGCAGAGCCGGUGCUUGGAUACCACCGGACCUACAGGGGAGAGCAUCGGCUCUUGGGGGGGGCAAUUGUCCUGUUGUCCCCCCCCCCCCGGAUCUGCCACUAAGCGGCCUGGGGGGCAAUUGCCUCCCUGCCCCCCAUCCCAGCCCGCCCCUGUUCUCAUCUAUGUGGUAAAGCAGAUGCUCUAUUAGCUGAUAACACGCACAGCUAGGAAACAGGGACUAAUGUUAUCAGACUUAAAACAGAUAAAACCAUAAACUGGCAAAAUAUUAAAUGACAAAAAGAAAAGGUGUCCUGGGGUGCACUGUGUGUGUCUGCAGCUACACUGAUCCCUCCCACAACAUGACAAGACACUAUCUCCUUCUGCUCUACGGAGACUAAUCUUAUCCAAUACAUUACUGUCCAGUUUAUCCUCAAAGUGCAGUUUAGGUCAUCACACAGAAUGAUUGGAACUGCUCAAUUAGGUGAUAUAGCGGAGAUAUGGCUGCAUUCACUAUUUAGUGAAUAAGGCUGUUUUUUUUCUUUCCUGUGAGCCAUAGAGCGCACAUGUGCAGCCAGCGGCUCUGCUCACUCUCCAGGGAACAUUCAGUCUUCCCUAUUGUGCAUACAGCAUGCACAGUCAGGACAACAUGACACUGACAACCCAGAACUAAGAAGUCUAUUCACUAAAUGCAAAUUGCAAACAAUUUGUCUACAGUUCGGCCCUCUGUUGAAAUCCGCUAAACCCCCCUGGCUGACUUGGCUAUUCACAAACAGCCCAGAUUGCAACAUAAAUGGCUUUGUUCGGUUGUUCACACAGAUCAGGAGGUUGAACCUAAAACUUGAGUGAGGGAGCAGCAAGAGGUGUCGGGCUGCUGGCAAUGACGGCCCCUGGCGCUUGUCGCUCAGCUGUGUGCUGUUACCUCCUCUUCCAGCAGUGUUUGCUGUCUGGCACAGGGCUAUGUGCGGAUCUGAACAGGAGGCCUAGACAAAAUAUAAUGAACCCCUGGAAGAGGGGCUCAGCCCACAUGCACAAAUAGUAGAGCAAGUGUGAGAAAUGACCAAGGGAGGUGACAUGGCAAGACUGGGCUGUACUCAGGCUCAGCCGACUGGUGCACGGAGGCAGGCUGGGGAUAAAUGACGGCAAUGUUCCCUUUUUCUUAGUUGGUCUGCCCAGAGAUUUUCUCUUAAUGUUUGUGCGAAUGUAAACCUGAAAUUGUUUCUUGAUAAUGUUGGAACAGUUCAGCCUCUCUAUACAGAAUUACUGUGUAAUAAUGUAGUAUUAGUAGUUACACAAUAGUAUUACUGUACAAUUAUGCUAAUGCCCAUUUUGGUCUGUCAGUCGCUCCAUAGAAAGUGCCUGCACAGACAAGGGGUACACAUAAUUAAAAGUUUGCAAGUAAAAAUUUCCAGCUUGUUGCCUAUGUACUUCGCCAUGAAGCUUCAGCCCAAUUUCACCACAGUAAAUAGCAAUUUAAUCCAUAAAACAAAUUCACCUUGCAUUUAACCAAAAUACAAUAUUGGCAGCUUGUUGACUGUAUUUGGGCAAGCAUGUUAAUUCCACAAAUUGGGCAGAAACAGUGAAUGCAGUCCAAUAAAUGGUGAUAUAUACAUAAUAAAUCAAAUUCAGCUGACACAAUUAUAGCAAGCAUUAUAUGGAGACGAUGAGAGUUGCCAGGUAUCCAUAGAAUUUGCAAAAUUCUUUGCACUUUGCAUAAUAAAUGGUGAUUUAUACAUGAAUGCGUCUUAAAAACAAAAAAAAAUAAUCUUGAUAGAAUGAGAUAUGUCCAAAGCACACAGGAUAAACAAACAGUCCAAUUCAACAGCAGACAACAAUAGCAAGCAUAAUAUGGAAUCACCCAUAGAUUUUUCAAAAGGAGCUCUUUGCCAAGAAAAUGGUGAUACCUACAUUAAUACUUCUCAAACACAGACGCACACUCUUAAUGACAGAAACACAAUCUCACUGAUUUGAAACACACACUAAUAGACACACACUCACUGACAGACACACACUCUCAAUGACAGAAACACAGUCUCACUGAUUUGAAAACACACACUGACAGAGACACACUGACACAAACUCUUUUUUUCUUCCCUUGGGUCCAGUAAGGGGAUUUUUUCCCCCUGGGUUCCAGUGGGCAAUGGGCUUUCUACUUCCUCUCUACUCCCUCGCAUACUCUGUUGUGAUGCUGUGGUCGGAGUGACUUCAUAUUCCGGGUCCCGGCAUUACUACAGAGGAAGCGCGAGGGAGCAGAGAGGAACUGGAAGCAAGUCAUUAGAGCUCCCUCGCGCACCCAAUGAAUUCCUUGUCUCCUCCCACUUCCGGGGUGACCUCAGGUGGCUGGCCAACCACCUCCUGGGCCCCCUGUGAUAGCUAUUGACCUGUUCCUUGUGGUGCCCCCUCAUUAUGGCCAACGCCACAAGGAGCUGUAUGCAGGGCCGGAUUAACAUAGGGACUGAUGGAGCUGAAGCUUAAAUAAAUGUAAAAAAAAAAGUUUGUAAAAAAUUUUUUUUUUAAACUACUUCUCUCUACGUCCUCUUGCUUAAGUAUGGAAAUUUAAGAGGUGUGGACUGGCUGACAAUGAAAUUAGUUAAGGUAAAGCAAAUGCUCUUGCUGCUUAAGUCUCUCUAAUACUGUGACAUGUUCCCUUUCUUCUACACUCACUACAUACACUUUUUCUCUGUCCAGACUGUAUAACAGGAGCUUCUGCCUGUUAGUAAGAAGAUGAGUGGAGCAGCGAGUGCCAGGGGACAGUCCGAGAGCCCACCAGUAUUGCAUUAUACAAAAUAUUUUCAUAGAUCUUGGCCCAAAUAACCCACUUUUAGAAAUGAGAAUAAACUCAGGAUAUAUAUAAUCACACUUUUAUUUAAUUAACAUAAAUCGCAACUGCCUUUACUUCAAAUGUAAAACUGUGCUAGGAAGUGUGUAGUUGUUUUCUGUUUCACCACUGGUCGCAUUUUAUUUUUUGGGUGGGGGUGCAAACAGGCCCAGACUGGCCAUAGGGCAAACGCUGGUGUGCUGAAGAGCCAUCGCCACAGGCAAGCAAAGUGCUGGACUGCAGGCUAUGGUCUCAGUUCUCCCUGCCUUGAUUACAAGGGGACACCAGAGGAACUAAACCCUAGCCUGCAGGGCUGGUGGCUCACGGCCCUAUCAUCUCUCCCACUGUGUUUGCAAUACAGGGAUGAGCAUAUGGCCGCUGGACCUUCUAAAACUUAACAGACUGACUUCUAAUUUGUUCAUAGAGACUUCACUCUAGGGAUGCAACUCCAGCGUCACCAGGACCAUGCGAAGUGUCAUUGUCCACCCAGAUGGCAACUGGCACAUGACUACCAGCCAACACCUCCCUAAAAGGACUAUAAACACUGAGGCUUCCCGUCCCAUACUGUGCCUUUGCACUACCUGAACUUGUUGAGUCAAACUGACCACCCUGCGUCCAUCAGCGACUAAUAAGAGGCUCCUUCAGGCACAAUGCACCCGCCUGUGAGCUACCCAGAAAUCAUAUGUAACUGUGUAUUGGAUUGCAGGUCUCUGUGAAAACUUCACCUGGGCAGUGCUGUGUCCCAGGACAAUCAAACAGGACGCUAUUUGGAAGGGAGACCAAGGAGAUGGCGAGGACUCCUAGGACUAGAGGGAUCUCCCUGUCUCUGAGCCACCAUACGCUAUUCUUUAUGAGCGGCACUUUCCAUUCACUGGCCUGGGAUGGUCAAACUUUCUCUCAUGAUUGCUCGGGCCAGACCCCACUGAUCCAGGCGCUUUUGGUACUGGUUAAAUCUUUGUAGAGGAUGGAAGAUUUCAUGGAUUCUGUUGUAAGGCACCCUGGUGUCUGGCAGCCAAUUAAAUUAUCUAGGUUUGGUUUAUUGAGUUAUGUUUCAGACACCAAGGCUCCGGGGUGGGGAAUGCAUUGUCACUAUGAUGGAGAUGCUGAUUGGCAGAGCAUGGUGUUUUGCUGCAUAUGCACAAUAGCCUCCAAAUGCUUUCCUAUGGAAAAAAACAUUGUAUUGGCUGAGAUCAUCAAGAUUUGUGAGCAUUUGGGGAGCACAAAUUGAGCUAGCACCCAUUGAUGUUACUUUAUUCUGUGUGUAUUCUGUUUUGUACAACUAUUUUUGUAAGUAGGGCCUACUACCCUCUCUCCCCAGCUCUUUUUGCACAACAUGGACAAAACUGGAAGAUAGAAUUUCACCUGCCUGAUUAACAGCUGUAGAGAAAUUUUUUUUUUUUUUUUUUUAAAGGCUAGACCUAUUCCAAUAAGUAACAUUUUGAAUACUAUUAACUGUUUAUAGUUUUAUCCUCACAUUAUCUGGAAUAUUUACCCACACUUGGAGAUUAAAUCAGUGAUGUAUGUUACAUUGCCAAGAAUCUUCUAAAGCUUCCAAUCAGGAGUCUCUUCAUUUUUACAUCUAGAGUGGAGGGAAGGGUACUCUCUGCACCAUCAACUUUGCAAUAAUGUUUGCAAAGUUGUUAUGGUACAAACUGGCCCUCUAGGCCAGGGGUAGGCAACCUUUGGCACUCCAGAUGUUUUGGACUACAUCCCCCUUAAUGCUCUGACACCCAUAGUGCUGGCAAAGCAUCAUGGGAGGUGUAGUCCAAAACAUCUGGUGUUCCGAAGGUUGCCAAUUCCUGUUCUAGGCAAAUGUAGAUAAGGCAUAUUUCUGUUUGUUUGCAAAACACUUUUAGAAUCUGCUCCGAGAUAAAAUAAAACAAAAAUGAAGACCAUCUAUAUAAAUUAACUCAUUCCAAAUACCGUAAUUAUUUGAGACCGAAGAGUAAAUGAAUAUAUGAUGCUGAACUGCAAACAAUCAAAGUUCAUUCUAAGCUCAGUUAAGAUAAGAAUAAAAUGGAUAACUAGAAAGACAAAAAGCAGCUGGUUUGCAAUUCCUCCCUAUGCAGAGCUGUAUCUGAUAUUUAAAGAGUUACUCCAACCCUUAUGAAGGGGCAUUAUUCUUCAUGUCCCCCCUCCAGAUUGCUACAUAAAAGAAGUUGUACUUACCUGGAAUUCAUGCCGGGCAAAGCUCCCAACUCGCCUUAUCACGACCCCUUCUGACGUCACGGCAGCCAUUGUGCUUCCAAUCAAAAGUGUCUCAUAGAGAAGCCUUUAAUUGGACGAUUUAGCCAGCUCCGAGUGCAUCUGCACCCUGUGGCUAUGUACAUACUUUCUCUUUAACUAAUGGUUAAGUAAUAUUCUAGACUAGUUUUAGAAUUGAUCUGAUGGACCAAAAUGUUGAUUUGCUUAAACUAAUGUGUAUUUUGUUUUUACAUUUUCUAAAAUGUGUACAACAUACAUUAUCAGUGUGCUUCUAUUAAUUGUAUAGAUGUUUGCAGGUAUUUUAAUACCCCGGUCACCUUCAGCAUGUGUGAGUAAUAGAUUUUGGUGAUAUGAGAGAUUAGGGAUGAGACCCUCAGAGCUUUGUGUGAUUACAGAAAAAUCUACAUUCAGCAUACCAAUACAAAUGUCAUAUUGUAUAUAAUUUGAUCUGCAAGUAAGAGGCAGGUAAUCUAAUCUCACUCAACACACUUCCUAAUAGGUACAUACUCCUUGCUAAACAAUGCAUGUUAUCACAAUUCAACAGAUGAAUUCACUAAAGCGGGAAUUUAAAGUGAAACCAACUCCUCUAGAUUGUAAGCUUGUCUGAGCAGACUCCUCCUCAACCUAUUCCUGUCAAAAUUUGAAAUCGUUUGUUUCAUUAUUAUUGGCAAUUAUAAAGCACUAACAUAUUACUCUGAGCGGUACAUUUGUGGAAAAAUACUGUACAAUAUAUACUGACCAAUACAAAAGGUAAAGAGAGUCCAGGACACAUGACAUGUGUGACAUGUCAUGAUUCCCUUUUAUUCCAGAAGUUUGGUCCUUAAGGGGUUAAGCUGAGAUCUAGGCUUUUUUUUUUCUUUACAUUAGCUGAUAAAUUUAAUGUCCCACUCUAUAUUAUUUUAAAUCUCUGAAGAAUAUGUUUGUGUUAUACAAAUAAAAAUGCAUAUCCUUCCAAUUUGAACAGAUUCCAGUCUAAUUCAGAAAAAUCUCUAUUACCAUAGCUGGUAAUAGUUGGAUUUUUGAUGUUUGGAAAAUUCAAAGUUGGUCUGUCAUUAAACGUAAUAUAGGAAUAUAUAUAUAUUAGAUAUAAAAAGUUGUGAUUUACAAUACAAAUGGUCAAGCGCUAAGGGGUACAAAGCUCCUCCAUAAGUCUCAUUCAACCCCACCUCAGCCCCUCCAUUUGUCUCAUUAACCUGCCCCCCAAUGCAGGCUCACCUCUAUCAUGCAGUGUGGCCGAGGUUUGGUCCGCGGUAGAAGAGCUUGUCUCCCUUUACCCUGACUGACAGGAAGCAGUUUGUCUCCCCCUGCGCGCACUUCUUAUCAGACCAAGUAGAGAGAAACAGAGACACCUCUACCCUGGUCAUGACGCUCGGGAGGUAGAACUUUGUUUUAGUGUUUUCUAUCGAAAAGAUUCUGUAAUUAGGCCCAUCAUUGUCAGCACUAAGCCCAAUGGGCUCUUAAUCUGGCCCUGACUCUGCAGGGUUAGAAUCAAGACUUGUUUCAAAAUCCAUCCAGGGAAACAGCAUAAUCGUAAUGGUAAUUUUUGUUUAUAACUGGAUUUAUUAUGCAGUUUAUGUUUUGUUUUUUAGAACAAGCUUUCCUCUAAAUAAUUCAUUACCAUUUUAGAAAAAAGAUCACCCAUGAUAUUCAAUCACAUUCCUUAUUGUAAACCCUUUUCAUUGUUAUAUCUACUAAAACAUUGCUCUGCUAAUACUCAUUUAAUUGAACGUUCUCUAUUAUUUUCCUUUUCUGCCAUAGAGCUCCGGGAUGUCAUUGAAGAAUUGAUGCCAGAACUAAAGAAAGAAAAUGUCAGAGUGUUUUUUGUAACAGACACAGCCAUCAAUGAGGACAGUGAAACGUUACUUGACAAAGUAAAGGCUGCAUCAGAUGAAUCCGUCCCCAAAUCCUUGCGCUCAUUUAUCACAGGAAAAUCUCUUGCCAUGUACAUUUACACCUCUGGAACCACAGGUAUUUGCAGAAAUUAUAAAGCAACAAAACCGCUUCAGUUAUUUGAAGUGGUCGUGGUGCCUGGAGUCUGUAUGUGCAGUAUUCCACUGUGAAAUGUUGCAUGCCUAAACAUGCCUAAUCUAACCCCUCUGCUACCCGUGGUGUAACUCCACCUUCAGCAGCGUCAUUAGACCUCCGGAACUAGAGUUCUGGAAUGGCUGAAUUCUAUUCCGGACAUAUUCCAAUACACAGAAAAGCACUUAUUGGCUGACAGCAGUCAGCUGAUGCUCUCAGUCAGUGGUGUACAUACUGCGGUCGCAGGGGUCGAGGCUGCGACCGGGCUGGCCCACCAGGGGGCCCGGCCACCAUUCGACCCGGUAUGUAUGCCAGUGUGGCCCGCCUCUUCUCCUGGGGUGCCUGAGGCUGGCCCUGGUGUCACAGGGCGGGCAGGCAGGCUGGCGGGCGCGUGAGGGAGCACUCUCUCCUGAGCGCUCUCUGCCCAGCUCCCUUGCGCACCGCACUGAUACCGGAGCCGGAAGAUGACGUCAUAUUCUGGUUCUGGCAUCAGUACGCUCCCUCGCACGCCCGCCAGCCCGCCGGGUGACACCACUGGACCCCAGGAAAUCCCCUCAGCUCUCCCAAAGGUAGGGAGGCUGGGAGAUGAAAUUCUUUUUAAAAAACGUGUGUGUGUUACUGUGUGUGUGUGUUAGUGUGUGUGUUUUAUUGUGUGUCUGUUACUGAGUGUGUUAGUUUGUGUGCGUCUGUUAGUGAGUGUGUGUUUUGUAAGUUAAUGUGUAUGUGUCUGUCAGUGAGUGUGUAUGUAUGUCUGUCACUGAGUGUGUGUCUGUCAGUAAAUGUGUGUGUCUGUUAUCUAGUGUGUAUGCGUCUGUUCGUGAGAGUGUGUGUGUCUUAAGCACUUACCUUUCUCCAGCGCCGGACUCCCUUGGCGCUGGGGAUCUCUCCGCCCCGAUCCGCCUCUCAGCUCCAAAUGCUCAUGUGUGGCAAGAGCCGCACGCGCAUUCAAACCGCCCAUAGGAAAGCAUUACUGUGAUUUUCACAGUGAGAAUCGCGGAAGCUCCUCUAGCGGCUGUCAAUGAGACAGCCACUAGAGGCUGGAUAAACCCUCAGUGAAACAUAGCAGUUUCUCUGAAACUGAAAUGUUUUCAGCUGCAGGGUUAAAACUAGAGGGACCUGGCACCCAGACCACUUCAUUGAGCUGAUGCGAUCUGGGUGUCUGUAGUGGUCCUUUAAUUGUAUGUGUAUCUAUGUACAUAUCGCGGUCGCAGGGGAGCGAUCGGGUGCCCGCCGCCAUGUGGGGGGGUGGGAGGGGGCACGGAUCAGUUUUCGCACCGGGGCCCCAUGGGUUGUGUGUACGCCACUGCUCUCAGCCAAUAAAUGGCUGAUGGGACCAUCAUCCAGCUUCUGUCGCUCUAAUGUUGUCACCAACUAGAGAGUAGACGAGGAGCUCAGCGGGACCCAGGCAAGAGGGCAAACCAUUGUAAAACAGUUUGCUCCAUUACCAGUAAAUUUAACCAAGGUACUUCUGGCAUCAUAAUGCCUCCAGUGGGUUAUAGUGGUUAUGAUGCUUGAAGUAACCCUUCCUUGUUCGUGUUUUGUAUCAUGCAAUUAUAAAACCAAGAACCAUAGACUUUAUACCCGGUGUAGAUAGAAUAAGUGUAGCAUUGAGCAUGCACGUGUUUAGUAUAAAUGUAUGGAACUGCUAUGGUUUGUAAUGUUGGAGGAGAUUUGAAGGCAGAGGGUUAAUAAAGCUAUGAUCAGCUCUGCAGUUUCACAUCUAUGACAAGUUUGGGAGCAUUACCACCAUCCUGGUUUAAUGGUAAUGGCAAACUGGCAUGGGUAUAAGGAGGGGACAUAAUCUAAUUUGCAUAAAUAUGAAGAAUGUCAGUGAGGGAUUUUUCAUUGAUCUGAUGCGAGGGAGGGAUAUGGGCAUUGAUAAGGUUAAAAAGUGUGGGGUAUGAUCAUGAUUGGAUGUAGUAAUGGCCACAUAAGGCUAUCUGAAAUAUCAUUAUUAUUAAAAUUCAUAUAGCGCCAGCAUAUAUUCCACUGAUCUUUGCAAUUAUACAGUGGGGAUAUAACAUAACACGUAGUGACGUACAGAGUAAUGUUGGUAAAAUAGGAGGUGAAGAGGGCCAUGCUCAAAGAGCUUACAAUCUAGGAGAUAUAAAAUUCACUAGUGUCUUUGAUUAGAUACAUUUUCUUCUGCUGUGUGUCUUGUGUAAAUGCAAUAACAAGCGCAAUGGGUGUAAAAUCAGACUAACUCCAUAAAAAUAGAAUCUUUGGAUUCUUUUACUGUUUUCAUUCCAUUACGAAUAUCUUGUGUUUAUGUCUUUAUUUUAUCUAGGUAGUGAGAGAUCAUUGACCUCUAUGUAAAAUGAUACACAAGAUACAGACUAAAAGCCAUAAAAUUAUAUAAAGUCAUAGGAUUUAGCUUAGAAGAAAAAAGAUCAGGUCACAUUAGUUAACAGAUGUGUAAAGAAAUUGUAUGAUAUAUGUAAGAAUAACCAUAACUGCCAUGCAUUUAAUUAUACUUUCAUCAUAAUUCUCUCGUAAACAGGUCUCCCGAAGGCUGCCUUCAUAAGUCACAACCGCAUGCUGCUAGCAACUGGAUUGUUUGAUAUUUGCCGUAUACGACAAAGAGAUAUUAUAUAUACCCCCCUGCCACUGUAUCAUAGUUCGGCGAUGAUGAUUGGAAUCGGUGGAUGUAUCAGUAAAGGUAAUCACAUUAUUACAGCCAUUUCAUAUUAAUAUAGAUAUGUGAAAUUAAUAACUGAAGAGAUACGGAAUGCAUCAUAUUCCAACGAUCCUCUUGUGGUAGGAUUAGGCAACCUCUGUGCUAGAUCUCCUAAGGUGCCACGUUGCAUCUGGAGAGUCCUAACUGACAGUAGCUGGGACAAUUAUAGAAGUAUUGUGAAUAUUGCUUAAUUUAGCAUUAGAAGAUUUUUUAGGCCAGUCAUCAGGUAGGUAAAGUGCCUAUUCCAGUAACGGGUCCAGAAAACAGAAGACCCUUGGUCAAUUCCAAUCUCUAUGAAUGUGAAGCAGUGUAAUGCUGUGUCUGCUAAAAUAUAAAGACCCAGGCUUGAGAUUGGGGUGAAAAAACUGACAAAGACAAGGGAGCUUGAGAAGGUCUGAGAUGAACAGAAAUUUAAAGUGAAUAUGAAUAUAAGAGGUACAGAACUAGAGAUUGAAAGGACAAAGAGUUUGGCAUUAAAAAUGUGUCAAGAAGAGUUUGGGUUGUGGUUAACAAAUACAUGUAGAAACUGGCCAGGAAUGGGAUGAAGUAAUUAUUUUAAAUCAGUACUGAAGUUCACAAUUUCUACAGGUAGCCUGAAUUCCACAAUUUCUAAAGAAAUGCACUUUUUAUUCAGUGGGUGCUCUAUCAAUCAUGGACCAUGUCCUACCAGCCAUAAUGUGACAGGACAGAGUAAUGUUCUCAUGUUCCUCCUCUCAUCACAAUAGCCCUAAUAUCCCUAAUAAAAAGAGGAGGCUUUAUUUGCCAGGAAACAUCAACAUCGCCCUGGUUAAUAAAGUAGUAACUGUUUUCUUCUUGUUUUAAUAGGAGGUCUGGAGGGGUGGGUUGGGGGGGGGGGGAAGGAUUAUUGAGAGUUCAGAAUCAGAAACCAUUAACAUUUGUUUUAUGUAGAAAAACAUCUUGAUUUGAAAAAAAUAGUUAUAGUUAGAUAAUUUUCAUUUUUCAGUUAUUUUGGUCUCAAAUUCUUAAGUCGCUUUUAAAUUCUUUAGUUUAGUGGGGAAAAACCCCCCACAAAGAGUUCAUAUUUGAAACUGAUUUUUGUGCCAUGACCUGCAGAUAAUAGAGUUUAUACACUUACUUGUUGUUUGCUCUUUAACCCUGUGUGAAUAUUUUACCUUUUGCUCUCUAACCCUUUGUAUAUUUGUGUCAUUAAGUCUAAUAUUUGCUUCCCUUACAAACUGUUUAUGUUUUUGAAAAACGGUUAGACAGUGUUUUCGGGGGUUGUUUUUUUAUCUGUUAUUUCUCAAUGCUUUUAGGUUGCACUGUGGUCUUGCGCCAGAAGUUUUCAGCCAGCCAGUUUUGGGAUGACUGUAGAAAGUACAAUGUGACUGUAAUACAAUACAUUGGAGAAGUCCUGCGAUAUCUUUGCAAUGUUCCAAAGGUAUUUUCAUUAGCUCUCAUAGUAAAAUAUGUCUCACCAUCAGACAUAGCUGUGACAUAUGUUUAAGUGGUACACUGACUGUGAUACUUAUUAAUAGGCACACUGACUGUGGUAUUUAUUAAUGGACAAACUUACUAUGGUACAUAUUAAUUGGCAAACUGACAGUGGUAUGUUUUUAAUGGGUAAAUCUGACUGUGGCAUGUUCUGUAAGCCUUCCUCCAGUAAUUCAGCAUGGAGCAUAUAAGACUGAGAUAACGUAAACAAAUAUCUCCCUCUGUUCUCCUUACAUCCGUGUAUGAGUGAUGGGCUCCUGAAGUGAGAAUGACAGCCGGCACAGAGGAUGUGGAUGUAUGAACUGAAAUUAAAGAUUUGAGUUCCCUGACCUGCAGUAGACCCCAGUUCCUUCCAUUGUAAUGUCACUGAGCCUGCAGCCCACAACUUCCCCCAAGCCCUGCCCCCCAAUCUCCACACCUCUUUUCUCAGCAGUACAUUUAGAGGUAUGGAGGCACAGACUGAAUUUUCCUCUGCAGAGAGCUGCAGACAAUCUUUGAGCAGGAGAUGUAUUAUAGGAAAUGUUUCAGGUCAGCGGAAGCUACUGCUUCCUUCCACCGAAGUGAUACUCUAUCCACAGGAGUAAAACAUUCUAAAGGAGGACUCAGGCCUGUGAAUGUAUCCCAUGGAAAACUGCACUAGGGGCUUUUUCUUAAGCUCACUCAGAACUCUAGCCUGGAUUAGUUCUCUCCCUCCGCCCCCAGCAAUGCUUCUGCCUCCAAUCUAACUUGGCAUUGCUGAGUUAUAACUUUUAUCAGUUGAAUAUUGAAAAAACGCACAACAUUUAAAGCUGGAAUUCCUAGAAAUCUAUUCAGUUUUAAAAUAAUAAAUUGUAAAAAUAUAUAUUAUUUUAUAUUCCUACAGAGAGAUGACGAUGCUUCACACAAUGUCCGUAUGGCCUUGGGAAAUGGUCUUCGGACUGACAUCUGGAGUGAGUUCCUUAGGAGAUUUGGUGAUGUUCACGUAUAUGAGUUUUAUGCAGCUACUGAAGGAAAUAUAGGGUUUGUCAAUUACACAAACACAGUUGGAGCAGUUGGAAGAGCGAACAUCUUCCAGAAGGUAAGAUUUUUGUAUAUGCAAUUUCAUAUUAAACACUGAUCAGCCACAACAUUAAAACCACCUGCCUAAUAUUAAGUAGGAUCCUCUCGGGCUGCCAAAACAGUUCUGAUGCGUUGAUGCAUGGACUCCACAAGACCUCUGAAUGUGUCCUGUUUUAUCUGGCACCAAUACAUUAGUAGUAGAUCCUUUAAGCCCUGCAAGUUGCGAGGUGGGGCCUCCAUUAAUCGAAUAUGUUUUACCAGCACAUCCCAUAGAUGCUUAUUCAAAUUAAGAUCUGGGGAAUUUGGAGGCCAAAACAAUACCUUGAACUCUUUGUCAUAUUCCUUAACUCAUUCCUGAACAAUUUUUGCAGUGUGGCAGGGUGCACUAUCCUGCUGAAAGAAACCACUGCCAUCAGGGAACAUCAUUGCCAUGAAGUGGUGGAUGUGGUCCACAACAAUCUCUAGGUAGGUGAUAUUUGUUAAAGUAAAAUCCACAUGAAUGCUAAGACCCAAGGUUUCCCAGCAGAACAUUGCCCAGAGCAUAACACUGCCUUCGCAGGCCUGCUUUCUUCUGUAGCAUCCUGCUGUUUUCUCUUCUUUAGGUAAGCGAUGCACAUGCAACCGGCCAUCCGCCUUACCUAAAAGAAAAUGUGAUUCAUCAGACCAGGCACCCUUCUUCCUUGCCCUUUGGUCCAUUUCUGAUGAUCAUAUCCCUGUUAAAGGCGCUUUCAACAGGGGUCAUCAUGGGCACUCUGACCGAUCUGCUCAGAUUUGAUCAGAUAUAUAUCCCACCUUUUGACAUGUGCUAUUGUAACAAUAUAAACAAUGUUUUUCACUUCACCUCUAAGUCGUUUUAAUGUUGUGGCCUAGCAGUGUGUAUAUGAUCCCACGAUUUCUAUGCUAUAUCAUUUUAUAUUUCAUCCCACAAACUCAUUUACCAUAUGAUUUCAUAUUUCACCCCAGGAUUGCUUAAUGAUUGAAUAUUUGACACCACUACACCAUACAUAAUGACACUGUGAAAAAAAAGAUGCGUGGUGCACAGUAGGCACUAAUUCAGCUAUCUCCCAAUAAUAAUAUGGCAGGAGAGUGGAUGAGGAAGCAGAAACUGUGCCAUCCUAACUCCUUUAGGGACUCUUCUACCAUAUCAAUAUUGAGAGAGAGAGUUGAAUUAAAGUUGGCAGCAGUGAAAAAUAACAAGUGAAAGAUACAUAAUGGUGACAAAUGUAUUAGGAUUAUUUCAAGCACCAUGACCACUCCAGGGAUCUGAAGUGGUCAAGGUGCUUAAAGUUUGUAUGUGCAGUAUUUCAGUACGAAGAAAGUUGGGCCAGGCACAUAUAGAUGGUAUUAAGGCUGAUUUUAUUAGAAAACCAUACAACAUUUCGGCCUGCUUUAGAACGUUGUAUGGUUUUCCAAUAAAAUCUGCCUUAACACCAUCUAUAUGUGGCGGGCCAACUUUCUUCAUGAUUAUUAAAAUGUUGGAAAUGGUCCAUCUUGGUCUGGAGGCACUAUGGAUGGAAGUGUUAUACAUCUUAUAUUCAGACUUGAUGGCACAAUGAAAGCAAUCAACAUACAGCUUUCACAAUCAGGUCUUAAUACAGCUAGAAUACAAAUUACUGUCUCUGUAAUUUGAUCUCUACCUUUUUAUGUCACUGUCCCCAUGUUUUCAAUCUCCGUGUUACUCUCCACAUUCACCCAUGUUUACAGUCUCCUUGAAUAUAUCACUUGCCCCAAGCACCCGUCCCUCGUUCCUUUUCCAAUUCACUCCCUGUACAUAUUACUUGUCCACUUCACUACAUUGCUGACCAUUUCACUUUCUAUCUACUCCAACUUGCUCCAUCCUCUUUUGGAGAACACUUAAUCUAGUGAUCCAUCUCACUUAGGAAUUGCAGUAGAGGCUGUCAUUACGUGAGUCUGUCCAUUUAACACAAAAUAUUUGACUAAAAUUUAUUUCAAAUGUUUGUUUAUUCUAACAUUUUUUUUUUUUUUUUAGAAAUUACUGCCAUAUGAAUUUAUUAAAUAUGAUGUGGAAAAGGAUGAACCUGUCAGAGACGCCAAGGGGCGAUGUAUUAAAGCACGGAAAGGUAUUAUUAAUUAUUUAAAGGGAUUUACCUUAAUUAUCUUGUCAUUUUCAGACGAUGUUGUUCCAGUUUUCUUGUGCAUGCUCUUGCAAGUUAUAUGAUUAGUAUUGUAUUUCUACAUAUAUGAUGGCAAACAUCCCAUAGAAAUGCAAAAUGCAUUCUCAUAAGUGUGAAACGCCAAUGCUUGCUGAAGUGCUUUAUGUGUGAAGAGUGUGUUCUCUCUUUUUUUUCUCUUCAUUUUACAAAAAGUGCAGAUUUCCAUAUAAAUUUGCACUUUUAUAAAUUAACCUUGUUACAACCCCCUGCCCUGGGGGAGGGGAGAAAAUGCAGUGGACAGCUAACAAUUUAAAUGGCAUCAGUGGUGGAGUCAGUGAGUUGGAUAGUUGGUUGACUAGUAACGAUUUUCCCACUGAUAGAAAUAUAAAUUAACAAGGGAGGUUGAUUCAGUAAAAAAUAAGUCUUUGUGGGGGGCGCAGACUAUUGGUACGCCUUUUUUGAACUCAGUUCUAGUUACAGAAAGACCACUGAAACUCAGUCCUGGUCACAGCUUUCAGCUUUCAUUCUUGUAGUGUGGCCGAGUUCUCAGUGGAGGCAAUAUCACUAUCCUACAUUGUCCCUCUCCUCUAUCCAGCUGCCACAUAAUUUUUGCACCAUGCAACAGCAAAGGUCUUUAAGCGGGUACAUUUCUGAUCUUUCUCUUUACCUAAGGAGCACUUCUGCUGGCCAAUAGCUGUAUUUUAAGUGAUUCAUGGCUGUCUGGAGGUGGGAGACAUCGGAGACAAACAUAGCCCUACAAAAUAUUUGGCAUGUACACAGCCUUAGCAAUCUACAAAAUGUAUUAAAUUAUUACUUAUUAUUUAAAGAUCAGUUCUUAAAUUCUUACAUAUCAUGUUAUGUUUUUUUUGACUAAAGAAUGCUGUUUUUUUACCCCAGAGUUUGAGGUAAAAAACUGUCUGUGUUGAAGAUUCCGAGUGUAUGUGCAAGCACUGUGGCGAGAUCAAGCCAGGUGUAAGAGUAUUUUUUUUUUGUUGCUAGCCGCAAGUUGCCACGGCAACCCUCUAAUACCACUCAUUGCCCUGGCUUUUAAAAAGAGCAGUGGAGGUGCAGGCUAGAGUCCUUCACUAUGUUGUCCCUUCCUGGUCAAAGAUAAGCAGAGAAGGGGAAUAAACUUAAAUAAAGUAAAAUAAAUUUGUAUAAUGAUAAUACAUUUUUUUUUUUAUUAAACUGCUCCUCUCUCACCGCCCUACACAAUACCACCCCUAUCCCACCUCCCAAAUUCAAACACACAGAGACUAGAGCCUCCGUAAAUCACAUUCUAUAUCCAUGACAUACACUUCCUCUCUAACAUACACAGUAUAUCGCCUGCACACACAUUAUAUUGUCUAUACACACACAAACACACAUUACAUCCUCUACACAAAACCCUUACAAACAUACACUACAGACACUAUACACACACACACACGCAAGCAUACUAAAGCUGUCCAAAGUAAAGACAAAUAUGUUUAUAGGGCCUGAUGGGACAGGAGUAGUCCCAGAAUAUUGGAAGUUAGCGAAUUUUGUGCCCAUUCACAAGAAAGGUAGUAGGGGGAAAGUAAUGGAAACCAUGUAAAAGGAUAGGAUUGUUGAACAUCCAAAAUCACGUGGAUUUCAAGAUCAGAGACAACAUGGGUUUACUUCAGGGAGAUCAUGCCAAACUAAUCCUAUUGAGUUUUUUGACUGGGUAACUAAAAUAAUAGAUCAGGGUGGUGCAGUAGACAUUGCUUACCUAGAUUUCAGUAAGGCUUUUGACACUGUUGCACAUAGAAGGCUUAUCAAUAAACUGCAAUCUUUAAGUUUGGAUUCCAAUAUUGUUGAAUGGGUAAGGCAGUGGCUGAGGGACAGGCAACAGAGGGUUGUAGUCAAUGGAGUAUAUUCAAAGCUUGGGCUUGUCACCAGUGGGGUACCUCAGGAUCUGUACUUGGACCCAUUCUCUUUAAUAUUUUUAUUAGUGAUAUUGCAGAAGGUCUUGAUGGUAAGGUAUGUCUUUUUGCCGAUGAUACUAAGAUUUGCAACAGGGUUGAUGUCCCAGAAGGGAUAAGCCAAAUGGCAAAUUAUAUAAGUAAACUAGAAAAAUGGUCAGAUAUGCAUCUUGGGUGUAAAAACCCAAGGGCAGAGUACAGAAUAUUUGAUUCAGUCCUAACAUCAAUAUCUGAGGAUAGGGACUUAGGGAUAAUUAUUUCAGAUUAUUUAAAGGUAGACAAUGUACGCUUGGAGCAUUGUACGCACUGGGGACCGUAUCUCCAGAAGGAUAUUAAUUCUUUGGAGAGAGUUCAGAGAAGUGCUACAGAACUGGUUCAUGGAUUUCAGGAUAAAACUUACAAGGAAACAUUAAAGGAUCUUAACAUGUAUAGCUUGGAGGAAAGACGAGACAGGGGGGUAUGAUUGAAACAUUUAAAUAUAUAAAGGAAUCAACACAGCAAAGAAGGAGACUAUAUUUAAAAGAAAAAAACUACCACAAUAGGAGUACAUAGUCAUAAAUUAGAGGGGCAAAGAUUUAAAAACAUUAUCAGGAAGUAUGACUUUUACUGAGAGGGUAGUGGAUGCAUGGAAUAGCCUUCCAGCUGAAGUGGUAGAGGUUAACACAGUAAAGGAGUUUAAGCAUGCGUGGGAUAAGCAUAAGGCUAUCCUAACUAUAAGAUAAGGCCAGGGACUAAUGAAAGUAUUUAGAAAAUUGGGCAGACUAGAUGGGCCAAAUGGUUCUUAUCUGCCGUCACAUUCUAUGUUUCUUAUACACAUACACAUUAGCUACAUCCCUUAUACACAAAUACUACAUUCCCUACACUCAUAAGCUGACGUUUACCGUAAUUACAGUGCUGGUUGUUUUGUUUCUGUUUUUUCCUCUAAAUUUCUAGUUAAACUAUAUUGAAGCCUCUUAUAUGCAGAUCUGUCUUUUACUCGACUCUUCCCAGUUUGAAAGGAGUCUCAGUUGCACUGGGGAGGAGAGAUUUCUUAGUAAAUCAAAUAGAUCAUGGAUAGAUGAAGCCAAUUGAUGGUCAUAAUACUUGGUUGCCAUGCGAAUAAGCUGUUAGAUUUGUGUAGCCACUGGAUUUAAAUGAUCCACCAGGGACACUAAAUAAAUCCUGGAGAGGGAACAUAGUAACAGGAAAGGGUACAAUCACUCAUGGUGCAUACAUUGGGACUAAGAAAAUGAUUUAUUUUGGUUUUAAGGUGCAGGCAAAGCAAAGCAUUUCCUGUGUGGGAGGCUGUUAGACAGGAAGUGAUAAUUUCCUCUUCCUGUCCAGCCUCACACACACACACUGGAGGAGCUGAGAAAGCACUGUAUUUUACACCCACUAUAACUGUUCCUGCAGCUCUGCUAUAAAGCAUAGGAGGCUGAGCUGACUACAGAGGACACUGGACAAGGCUUCUGGUGCUUAUUUCCCUCACCAGCCCACUUAAAGGGACACUAGAGUCACCAGAACAGCUACAGCUUAAUGUAGUGGAAUACAGUUUUGUAUUUCUAACACUUUAGUUUUCCUUUAAAGGAUUCUCUUGAAAAUCAUCUAAACUGCAUGAAAUAUCUGCUUCCCCAAACCACAAUAAAAAUGGGCUUUACUGCACAGCUAUUCAAAUAUAUAUUUAAUGUCUGCAAUUUAUUUAAUGUGAACGCCCAUACAUCCUUUGUAUACCGUACUUCUGAUAUCUCCUGGAACAUGUUUAAAGUAAAAACCUUGUUAUAUUUUAUUUCACAUAUUUUAGGCCAGCCUGGACUUCUGAUUGGUAAGAUUACGUCAAUAAAUCCCUUUGCUGGCUAUGCUGGCAAUAAAACCAAUACGGAAAAAAAGAUACUGAGAGAUGUCUUCCGUAAAGGAGAUGCAUAUUUUAACUCCGGAGAUCUCUUAACCGUUGACCAACAAAACUUCAUCUAUUUCCAUGAUAGAAUUGGAGAUACUUUCAGGUAAGUCACAUUGUAUAAUAGCUGUAAGUUAGAGUGUGCUAAUCGAAGUAUGUCCGCGUAGAAAUUGGUUUAAAAAACGCUCAUGUCAUUCUCAGGACCAAAGUAAUGUAGGGACUAUUGGAGAUGAAGCUCCAGGCUUACACAUUGCAAAAGGCAAUGCUGUUUUAUGAUUCUUUGUUUUUCUUUUACUUGUAAUGAGCUAUUGCAUGCCCCUAAAAUCGUUAUCCUAGGAAGAGAGUAAAAUGACAAGGGCUAGUGACACAAAUCACAUCACUGGCACCGUCCCAAAGGGUGCAGAUCUGACUGUAAAGGGUAUAUGUCCACCAGAAAAGGCCUGCAGUGAAUGCAUGAUAAGCUGCCUGAUAUUUAUUAAAGGGACAUCAUAGUCACCACAACAACUACAGCUUAUUGUAUUUGUUCUGGUGAGUAUAAUCAUUCCCUUCAGGCUUUUUGCAGUAAACACGGUUUUCUCAUAGAAGAGGCAGUGUUUACAUUACAGCAAAAAGAUUGGAGAAAUAAACUUCAAUUUUUUUUACCAGACCAAAUAAUUUGUGUGAUUAAGACACUAGUGUAAAAAAAAACCUUAUAACAAAACUCAAGUGUAUAUGGCUCUCCACCCUCACACAAACAAAGCCAUCAAAAGUGAGUUUGGCUCUGAAAAAGAAAAUGUACUUAAAUCUAAAUUUUCACUUUAUAGCCUCUUCCACAGCUCAAUAAUAUUGCAUAAGUUAAGGAGAGAGGUUCCACCUCAUUACCACAUAGAAUAACACUUCCCUUAAAAUCCCCCUCGAAGAAAGCAUAAGGGGGAGAAACACAAAGUUUCAGACCAUUGGCUAAUUGCAGAUAAACACUUUGUUACAUACUGCGAUAAAACACUUUUAAUAGCUGGGAACAACUGCAAUUCUCACAAAGCACAGUAUAAUGCAUUACCAAAAAGACCACUUUUGAUGGUUCCAAUUUUUCUUCGAUUACGGUGGUCAAAGGUUGAUCCUCAACUGGCAAAGCAUCACUGAAUAUGUAGUUUUAUAGCAUUCGGGAAUCAACCUUUGUCCACCUCUGUUAUACAAUACUCAGAUAUAUGGAAAUACUAUUAUACCCUAAUACAGCAUGUAGCCGUAUGAACACCUUUUGUGAUAUACCAAGACCUUCUGGCACACUAGAGAUUCAGAUAAACAUAAAGUUCACAAGUAUAAAUGUAUUCUCAUUUUUAGGUGGAAGGGUGAAAAUGUAGCCACCACAGAAGUUGCUGAUAUUCUGGGCCUGGUCACUUUCAUUGAAGAAGUUAAUGUUUACGGUGUACCUGUUUCAAGUAAGAAAAGUUAAAUUACUUGAUUAAAGUUAUUUUUUUUUGUAUGGCCAGGUUUGUUGUGAUGUUGGGUACUGCAGUUCUAAAAUGGAGUGCAUUCUUUUUUUUUUGGUCUUCAAAAAGUGCCUGGUCAUUUCAAGUAUUCUUUCAAAUGUGGAGAAUCUGUUACCGUUUAUUUGCCACGUCAAAGGUUAAAGGAAAUCAAUGAGGGUCUAAGGCAAUGGUAGUCAACCUUUUUCUACCAACCGCCCGCUAAUGCAUCUUUCUUGAUGGAAAAAUUUCCUUACCGCCCACCAGUUUUUGCGCAAGUGCUGAAUAUUUAGAAAGGAGGGUGUUUUAAAAAAAAUAAAUGUACGUACAUUUAUCUUUUUAUUUCUACUUUAUGCAUGUUUAUAAUGUUUUUAACUUUAUAAAGUUUAAUGAGAAAACAAUAAAGUAAAUUGAAAUUACCCUUACUAGUGAUUAAUGAGAUCCUUGAGGUUGAUGCUGCGAGACUAAAUAUUUGAUAUCUGGUCCGAUUUUCGUAAGGAACAAACGAAGGUCUCCUCUUUUGGUGAUAUUCAGACGACUUCUCUGUUUGCUCAUAAUAUGAUUUCUCAUCUGUGUGUCAGCUCCCCUACUCUCCCUCCUCAAUUCCCAUCCUCACCUUUUUUUCCCCUUUUUUCUAUUUUUUUAACUUUCCUUAUAGCAAUGCCCAGUAGGAAGGCUGAGCUAGGUAGCCCACUAUAACAGACAGGCACACAUACAUACAUACAUACAGACACACACAUACAUACACAAGACACACACACACAAGACACACAUACAUACAAACAGACAGGCACACAUACACACCUACAGACACACACACACACACACAAGACACACAUACUUACAGACAGGCACACAUACAUACAGACACACACACACACAGACAUGCACACAUACAGACACAUACAUACUGACACACACAUAAGACAUACAUACAAAGACACAUACACACAUACAUACAGACAGACACAAGACACAUAUACAUACAAAGACACAUACAUAAGACACACAUACAUACAAAGACACACACACACACAACACAUACAUACAAAGAAAAGACACACAUACAUACACACAUAUAUACAGACAGACACACACACAUACAUACAAAGACACACACAUAAGACACACAUACAUACAAAGACACAUACACACAUACAUAGAGACACCUACAGACAGACACACAUAAGACAUACAAAGCAAAGAUACACACACAAUACAUACAUACAAAGACACAUACACACAAACAAACACACACAAACUAUUUUAGUCACCCUCCUGUUUCCUACCUUUUAGGUGCAGGAGGGUGACAUUCCCUGGGGUCCAGUGAUGGCUCAGGUUGAUGAGAGUCAGAGUUUCCACUCUGACUCCCUUCACUCUUCCUUCCGCGCAGGCUGUGUGUUAGCUGGGAGGAGUGAUGUGCAGUCACUUCCUCCCAGCAAAGUGUGAUGUAAUCACAGGGGGCCCAGUCGCGCUGUUAAAGCACCCAGCGCUGACCGGGCCCCCUUACAAUCCAUAACCAUCGGAUGGCCCUGACACAAUGGGCCACCCGAUGAACUCCUUGGACGGCGGCCCCGGCGGUUUGCCGCGCGGGCCGGGGCCAAAAUGGUGAUGGCUCGCACCCGCCCGCCCAAUCUCUCAAAAUGAGGAAAUCCCUACCGCCCACCUGGAAUCCUGAAACGCCCACAAGUGGGCGGUAGGGACCAGGAUGACGACCAAUGAUCUAAGGACAUGUCUAUUUGGACAGUGGAAUUCUGUGACUAAAUAAUUUCAAGUAUGUAAUCAUACCGUUUAUGUACUAUUUAGUUCUCACAGCAUGUGCUGAAAUCAGUUACCGGUAUUUAUGAAAUCAUGUACCUCCUCUGUCUUUAAAAAAAUAUAUAUAUGUGUGUGUAUGUGUAUAUAUAUAUAUAUAUAUAUAUAUAUAUAUAUAUAUAACUUAACAAGGCAAUUCCUUCUCUCUUUCCACCUCCCUAGUUCCAUAAAUUGUGUUUGGCAAAUCUGUGUCAACCAAAAUUUUACUUUUCUUUCAGCUGGCUGAAGGCACAAAUUAAAUUUAUAUUGACUAUCCCACUUCUGCAUUAACAAUAUCAGUUUCAUCCAUAUUUUGGCUGGAAAGUUAUCUUAUGUGUUAAGCCAAUCAAUGACUUUAAAAUAUGGAUGAAAUUAAUAUUUAUAAUGCAGAAGAAAAACUGAAUAAGCAGAUUAGCAAUAGCCGAGCAGGGGGCAAGGCUGCAGAUGCCUUGGAGAUCCCCCAGUUUUGCUUACUCCUCUCAAACUGUUUGACCUGCAACCAAGGGGCAGCCCUCAGCCUAAUGUCACUGUCACCAUAAACUCUGCAUUGACAUAUAAUAUUCAGUGUGCCUAAACUACUCCUAUAAACCGAUCACAAAAGGUGUAGACAGUUUUUCAACUAUUACAUGAUAGCCCAGAGACAUUUUUUAGCCCAAAGACAUCAUAGUGCUACUUUGGUUAUGAGAGUUUAAAAAGUUCAGAUAAAAUUAUUCUAACCUUCCAGGUGUGUGCUAAAUCAUAAAAAAAUAGUGAUUAUGCACUCAUAAUCUUGUGUAUAUAUAGCUUGUGUGUGUAUAUAUGGUAUACUUAGGCCUGGGGGGCAAAUCCAGUCAAGUGGCCCAUUGCACCACCAAAUCAACUCACCAUCCAUGCCCACCUGGUUUCCUGGUUUGUGUAUAUUAUGGGUGCAGUGUAUGUGAGGUAUGCAGUGUGCGUGAGGGGUACAGUAUGAGUGUGUGAGGGGUACAUUGUGUGGGGUACAGUAUGAGUGUGUGUGGGGUACAGUGUGUGGGGGGUACUGUAUGAGUGUGCGAGGGGUACAGUAUGAGUGUGUGUGGGGUACAGUAUGAGUGUGUUUGGGGUACAGUGUGUGGGGGGUACUGUAUGAGUGUGUGAGGGGUACAGUGUGUGUGUGAGGGGUACAGUGUGUGUAUGGGGGUACAGUGUGUGGGGGUGUACAGUGUGUGUGUGUGUGUGUGUGGGGCUACAGUGUGUGUCUGUGUGGGGUACAGUGUGUGUGCGGGGUCAGCGGUGUGUUUACCCUGAGGCAAACAAGGCAUUUGCCUUGGGCGGCACUUUCUGAUGGCACUUUGAAAUGCCUUGCCGGCCUCUUGUCCUGGGGGGCCCAAGAGCUGGCUGGAUGGCCACCUCAGGGCCACCCAGACUGGCAGUCAUGGAACUUUCCGGGCGGGCGGCAAGGGAGCACUAAUCCUCGUUCAGCUCCCUUGCAUGCACCACAGUGAUGCCAGAGCCGGAAUAUGAUGUCACUCUGGCCCCGGCAUCACUAUGCGGCGUGCGAGGGCGCUGAACAGAAGGAUCAGUGCUCCCUCGCCGACUGCAGUGAUGGCCGGCGCCCAGCAGCCCCACUGGACCCCAGGGAAAGUAAUCAUUCACCCCAGCAUUCCUAAAGGUAGGGAGGCUGGGGGGAUUUAAUUUUUUUAAAAGUGUGUGUGUCUGUUAGUGAGUGUGUGUGUGUGUGUCAGUUAGUGUGUAUCUGUUAGUGAGUGUGUGUGAGUGAGUGAGUGAGUGUGUGUCUGUUAGUGAGUGUAUGGGUGUCUGUUAGUGUGUGGGGGUGUGUCUGUUAGUGAGUGUGUGUGUGUCUGUUAGUGAGUGUGUCUGUUAGUGAGUGUGUGUGUGUCUGUCUGUUAGUGUGUAUGUCUGUUAGUGAGUGUGUGUAUGUCUGUUAGUGAGUGAGUGUGUGUGUGUCUGUUAGUGAGUGUGUGUCUGUUAGGGAGUGUGUUACUAUGUGGGUGUCUGUUUGUAAGUGUGUGUGUGUGUCUGUUAGUGAGUGUGUGUCUCUUAGUGAGUGUGUGUCUGUUAGGGAGUGUGUUACUAUGUUUUUGUCUGUGAAUGAGUGUGUGUGUGUGUGUGUGUGUCUGUUAGUGAGUGUGUAUGCAUGUCUGUUAGUGAGAGUGUAUGCGUGUCUGUCUCUGUUAGUGAGUGUGUUAGUAUGCAUGUCUGUUAGUGAGAGUGUAUGCGUGUCUGUUAGUGACUGUGUGUGUCUGCUAGUGACUGUGUGUGUCUGUUAGUGAGUGUGUAUGUCUGUUAGUGAGUGUGUAUGUCUGUUAGCUAGUGUAUGUGUGUCUGUCAGUGAAAGUGUGUGUCUGACACUGAGUGUAUAUGUGUCUGUCAGUGAGUGUGUAUGUGUAUUUAGAAGGCAGGGCGGGGGCAGAGGGGGUGCCUGAGUUUUGUCAUGCCUAGGGCAGCACAAAACCAGGAUACACCACUGUGUGGGGUAUAGUGUGUGUGGGCUACUGUGUGUGAUAGGGGUACAGUGUGUGGGUGGGAAAUAUGUGGGGGGGCAGUGUGUGAAUGUAAAAGUUUUUUGUAUAAAAAAAUAAAAAUAAUAAUUAUAAAAUAAAUAUAUAUAUAUAUAUAUAUAUAUAUAUAUGUGUGUGUGUUUGUUUUUUUAAACUAAAAUGAAUAAUAUUUAUAUCCCCCUCCCUCCUUACCUUUUCUGAGGGAGGAGGGUUCUUUCGCAAUCCUUAGUGGUCCUUGUGGAGAAUCCCUGGCGGUUCUAGUGGGGAGUGCAGCUCAGGCUAGAGUUCACUCUCGCGGGAUUUGGAGCGUUGCAGUGGCUGAGCUCCUGGGUCCUCUCGCCCUCCCCUGCCGGCUGUCAGCAAUGUGCCUGUGGGCCAGAGGGGAGAUCUCUUGGAUAGCACCGGACCUGCAGGGGAGAGCAUCGCCUCUUGGGGGGGCAAUUGUCCUGUUGUUCCCCACCCCUCCGGAUCCGCCACUAAGCGGCCUGGGGAGCAGUUGCCUCCCUGCCACCCAUCCCAGCCCGCCCCUGGUAACCAAUGAGCUAAAUAAAUUAUUUAAUUCUUUGGGAAAUUACUACAAAUUUAUCAUUGAAAAUGCAUUAUAGCUUUAUCAAUGCCAUCUUGAUAUAGCAGACAGGGGGGAAAAAGUGUAUAUAGCUGUAUAUUUCUCAUGGUCACACAGCAUAGUUUGUGCCUCAAUUUUAUUAAAUCAUAGAUGUAAAAUUAUAGGAUAUUUGUGGAUAGGCAGGCUGUUUGUUCUGUGUGAAACUCACUGACCUUGUGUUUCCCUAAUUUCCUUUUUUUAAUAGAUCAUGAAGGCCGAAUAGGAAUGGCUGCUAUACGGGUGAGGGAAUACUAUGAAUUUGAUGGGAGGAAAUUAUAUGCACAUGUCAGAGACUUCCUGCCAAACUAUGCAAGGCCUCGAUUUAUCAGAAUCCAGGUGAGUAGCAUUUGUAAGGAAGUAUAAUAUUAAUUUGUAAGUAUAAAGCCCAGACUUUGUCACUAUCUGUCUGAAAUAACACUGCCCCCCCAAAAAGAAAAUUUCAAAUAAACAUUUUACAGGCUUUAUCCUACACUUGUCAUUGACCUACACUGUAAGUUUGUUUGAGCAGUGUCCUCGUCAACCUAUUGUUCCUGUAACAUUUUGUAAUUGUUUAAUUUAUUGUAAAAUAUCCUCCAUUUUAUAGCAUUGUAAAGCACUGCAGAACAAGUUGGCGCUAUAUAAAUGCCAAAAUUUAUUAUAAUAAGUAUCAUAACUAAACCUUUGAGUGCUGCAGCAGAACGUGAAAAUAUGCACAACCUCAUGUGGCGUAAAGUAAGAGGAAAUUUCGCUUGUUGAAUCUUCCCUGUUGUUGUUGUUAUGGGGUCUUGGGAAACCUUCCUUUUUUUUAGUCCCCCCACCCCUAAAGAAAUGGUCACUUAUCAUCAUCAUCAUUCAUAGAGUGCCAACAUAUUGUGCAGCUCUAUAAAAUGUUACAAUGAGGAUCUAAAACAGGUGGUUAUUAAAUUCAGUAUAUUGGCAACAGAGCUGAUAAGUGACAAGGGACCUGCUGUAAUGAACUUAAAAUCUAGGCGUACCGUUGAAGAUCUCAUAUAUUGACCCACAACACGAUUUGGUAUGAAACAGAGGAAAUGUGGUCUCUCAUGCUAUCAGUGGUUACCUUUUUUUCUUCCAUUAAUGCUAAUCUACCAAUCAUUUGUAAUCAAGCAUUGUGCCAACCGAGGGAGAAGGCCUGUAUUGUGGAAUGACUGGUGCUAUAAAUUAAAGAACCAAUGUAAAGCCACAUAGGGGAGUUAGAUCAGGAAAUUAAGAAAGGUAAAUGUUUGGAUAGUGCUUCUUACAGGACCCAUUAAUCUAGCCACAGAUCAAUCUUGUAUACAGUGCUAUAAUUGUAAAGUGGGUGUAACCGGCUAAGCCUGCUCUAUAGAAUGCACAUUAAACCCUUUAGGUUUCUGUUUGUGGAUAAUGAGAUAAAUAGCCAUGUUUCACCAAUGAUAGGGCUGAACAUUUUCCUAAGUGAGAAACGGGAACACAAGAAAAUAUUUUGCUGUACAAGUAACUUUGUUUUUCACUUAUUAUUAUCACAUUUCCACACUUUUUAUAUUUUUUAUGCAAAUCACAUAUUUGGCUAAACACGCUUCCUAUCUUAUCCAUUUUAGGAUGUUUUAGAAACCACAGGAACGUUUAAACAGCGCAAGGUGGAGCUUGUAAAGGAAGGAUUUGACCCAUCUAUAAUUUCCGAUCCCCUAUACUUCCUGGACGAGAGAGAGAAGAAAUAUGUUCCUAUGACUCAGACUAUUUUUGAUGAAAUCAAAUCUAGAAAAAUAAAAUUAUGAGACUGGAUCCUAUGCAGAGAAACCUUGACUACCAUCAUAUGCAAUGGAUUGCUAGUCGUGUUUGUAGAUAGUUUAUUUUACAUUAAAAGAAAUUGUUAAUGUUAAUGCAUGUUUGUCUUU